CCACCGGGAAGACAACCACAUUUCUGAGUUCUCCGUCGAAGUCUCAAUCAGCGGAGAAAUCUUCUUCGACGAAGCAGCGCCACCGCCAGUACCAACAAUCAUCAAUGGAAAGCUUUAGCAAUUCCGGUUCCGAAUUCAAAAGGAGAUUUGAGGCCUACAACAGGCUUCAGGCUGCCGCCGUUGCAUUUGGGGAGAAGCUCCCCAUCCCUGAAAUUGUAGCUGUCGGUGGACAGUCCGAUGGUAAGAGUACACUGCUGGAGGCCCUCCUAGGGUUCCGUUUCAAUGUGCGGGAAGUCGAAAUGGGCACACGUCGCCCCCUCAUUCUACAGAUGGUUCACGAUUCCACUGCUCUGGAGCCUCGGUGCCGAUUUCAGGAGGAGGACUCUGAAGAAUAUGGGAAUCCUAUUGUAUCGUCCACAGCAAUUGCAGAUACCAUACGCUCUCGUACGGAAGAGCAUUUGAGGAAGACAGGAUCUGCAGUUUCUUCUAAGCCCAUUGUUAUGAGAGCAGAAUAUGCUCACUGCCCGAAUCUAACUAUUAUAGAUACUCCGGGAUUCAUUCUCAAGGCAAAGAAAGGUGAACCUGAGAGUACUCCCGACGAAAUUUUGUCAAUGGUGAAGUCCUUAGCUAGUCCGCCACAUCGGAUACUUCUAUUUCUUCAACAGAGUAGCGUUGAGUGGUGCUCAUCCCUCUGGUUGGAUUCUAUUCGUGCAAUAGACCCAACAUUCAGACGAACAAUCAUUGUUGUCUCCAAAUUUGAUAACCGGCUUAAGGAAUUCAAUGACCGAUGGGAGGUGGAUCGAUAUUUAAGUACAAGUGGAUACCUUGGAGAGAACACUCGACCAUUUUUUGUGGCUCUACCAAAGGAUAGAAAUAUAGUUUCCAAUGAUGGGUUCCGUAAGCAAAUAGCUCAGGUAGAUGCUGAAGUUUUGCAGUAUCUGCGUGAUGGUGUUAAGGGUGGAUUUGAUGAAGAGAGGUACAAAUCCUACAUAGGUUUUGGUUGUCUCAGGGAUUAUUUGGAAUCUGAACUCCAUAAGAGGUAUAAAGAAGCUGCGCCUGCCACAUUGGCCAUACUAGAACAGCGCUGCAAUGAAAUAACUGUUGAUUUGGCUAGAACUGAAAGCAAAAUACUGGCAACUUCUGAUGUUGCUCAUCUUCGCAGAACUGCCAUGUUGCAUGCUGCGUCACUCUGCAACCAUCUGGAAUCACUUCUGGAUGGGGCAGCUGAUCCAGCACCUGAGCAAUGGGGAAAAACAACAGAAGAGGAAAAAUUGGAGAGUGGUAUUGGUGGUUGGCCUGGCGUUAUUACAGAUACAAAGCCACCCAAUGCAACCCUUCGUCUGUAUGGAGGUGCUGCAUUUGAGAGAGUAGUUCACGAAUUUCGCUGUGCCGCAUAUUCUGUGGAAUGCCCAGUAGUGUCAAGGGAGAAAGUUGCAAACAUCUUACUUGCACAUGCUGGCCGAGGCGGGAGUAGAGGUAUUUCUGAGGCUGCUGCAGAAAUUGCACGAUCUGCAGCUAGGUCAUGGCUUGCUCCUCUUCUUGACACAGCAUGCGACAGACUUGCUUUUGUGUUGUGCAAUCUGUUUGAUAUUGCUAUUGAGAGAAACCGACAUCGAAACUCAAGAUAUGGAGACAUGGAUGGCUAUGUUGGUUUCCAUGCUGCAUUGAGGCAAUCUUACCACAGCUUUGUAAGGAAUCUUGCAAAACAGUGCAAAAAAGUGGUCCGUCACCAUCUUGAUUCAGUGACUAGCCCAUACUCUCUAGUCUGCUACGAGAGUGAUGCAGCCGGGAACUUCAACUAUCGAGCAAAUCAAACUUCAGCUGGAUCAUUCUGCUUUGAUCUGUCUGCUGAGAAGCAUGUAUCAUGCAAGGAAAGAAUCAACAAUCAAGAAAACAUCCCCCUUGAGAAAAAUGAGAUCACACCUGGUAAAGCACCUGAAGCUAGAGAAGCUCUUCGUGAAUGCCAGAUGACUGUGCCUGAGACCCCAUCACCCGACCAGCCCUGUGAUGGAGACUAUGUAGUCAAGAAGGAACUCGGCAACUGCAUUGACGUUGGUGCAAGAAAGCGCCAUUCCAGAAUUGUAGGAAGUAACAGGAAUUCAGAUAAUCUCAGAAUCAUCGCAAACACUGCCAAUGGUACCCUAUUCAGUAAUGGAGAUAAUGCAUCCAAACCAGGAUCCGGAUCAUCAGCAUACAUAGAGAUCUGCUCAACUGCUGCUCAGCAUUUUGCUCGAAUUCGUGAGGUUCUGGUUGAGAGGGGUGUGGCCUCAUCUCUAAAUUCCGGGUUCUUGACCCCAUGCCGAGAAGAGCUGAUGGUGGCACUAGGGGUCGAUUUAUUUGGCGUAAAGGAUGAGAAAUUCAUGGACAUGUUCGUCGCACCGGAAGCAAUGGAUGCACUGGAGAAUGAAAAACAGUCCCUCCAGAAACGCCAGAAAAUCCUCCACUCCUGCUUGAAUGAGUUCAAGAAUGUUGCCAAGAAAUGAUCAUCAACAACAGCAUAUCAAGUGAGACUGAAACUCCGCCGCCGCCGCCUCCGCCACCAUCAUCGUCGCCGUCGUCUCCGAGCACCACUUUUGUCCAGGCCGACAUCUCCACCUUCAAGCACGUCGUCC